AUGUUAUUUCUUCUUCAUCAUCAUCAUCAUCUUCUUCUUCUUCUUCUUCUUUUUCUUCUUCUUCUUCUUCUUCUUUUUCUUCUUGUUCACUUUAUUAUUCUGUUUUUCUUCUCUUUCUUUACCCUGUUCUACUACAGAACUUUGUCAUUAAGUGCUUUUUUUUCUUUGUUUCGUUAUUCUUCUAAAUUGCCGCUUUUUAAAGAAAAGCGCCAAUUUCUAUCAGCCAUAAUAGAAAGUUAUUACACGAAUUUAUCUAUCUAUCUAUCUAUCUAUCUAUCUAUCUAUCUAUCUAUCUAUCUUAGAGCGGGAUACAUAUAUGUACACAUCUAUCUAUCUAUCUAUCUAUCUAUCUAUCUAUCUAUCUAUAAUAAUAAUAAUAAUAAUAAUAAUAAUAAUAAUAAAGAUCUCGAAAAGUCAUUCUAUCUAUCUAUCUAUCUAUCUAUCUAUCUAUCUAUCUAUCUAUCGCAGUGUGUUCCUAUCUAUCUAUCUAUCUGUCUAUCUAUCUAUCUAUCUAUCUAUCUAUCUAUCUGUGUCAAUAACAUUCAGUCUAUCUAUCAACAGUCAUUUCAAUAUGUUGCACCUACAUCAUUAUAUCUAUAUCUAUCUAUAUAUAUAUCUAUCUAUCUAUCUAUCUAUCUAUCUAUCUAUCUAUCUAUCUAUCUAUCUAUCUAUCUCUCUCUCUCUCUCUCUAUAUAUAUAUAUAUAUAUAUAUAUAUAUAUAUAUAUAUAUGUGUCGUUACUAAUGAGUACGAAUUUUAUUGGUUAUCUCUCUGUCUCUCUCUCUCUCUGUCUGUCUGUCUGUCUCUCUGUCUAUCUCUCAAAUUAAUGGCUUCUAUCUAUCUAUCUAUCUAUCUAUCUAUCUAUCUAUCUAUCUAUCUAUCUAUCUAUCACAGACUGUUCAUUAUCUAUCAUCAUCUAUCUAUUCUAUCUAUCUAUCUAUCUAUCUAUCUAUCUAUCUAUCAUGUUCAUAUCUAUCUAUCUAUCUAUCUAUCUAUCUAUCUAUCUAUCAUCUAUCUAUCUAUCUAUUAUCUAUCUAUCACAGACUGUUUCAUUAUCUAUCUAUCUAUCUAUCUAUCUAUCUAUCUAUCUAUCUAUCUAUCUAUCUAUCUAAUUAGCUAG